CUCCGAGCGCCGAGCGGUGCGCCCACCCACCCAUUCAGCUGUAUGCCAAGGGGAGCCCCUGACAAGUUUUAAACUGGAAUAAACAUUUUGUGACGCCAGCGAACGGCGAAUUUAGUCGGACUUUUGUUUCGAAGGGGUGUGCUUUCAUGGAGGAUGAUAGUAGUGUUAUUUUACCCCAGAAGACAACAGCAACUGACUGAACGCUUCCAGUGAGCCGUGUGUGGAACGUGUUUUCCCGGCGAGACUUUUUGUUUAGGGUCAGCCUAACGUUCGCUGUAGGUACAAACAACCACUGACGCGGUUUCUUCCGUUUAGAGAGACAUUUCAAGAAAAAAUAUCCUUAUUUUUUUUCCUGCUUGGCGUUUUGGAGUGUGCUGGCUUUAAGCUGUGAUGUGGAGAGAAUUGAUCAGCGGUGAAGCGCCAGACAGAGACAGCGAUAGCUAAGCUCAUCUCACCAACCAACGAUCACCACUACAACACAGGCAGCUCAUUGCAGUGAGUCAGUAUCAUGGAGGCAGGCGGCGGGGCUGCCGCAGCGGUGGGGAGUGCAGCACUAGGACUGCUGGGAGCCACGACCACGUCCAGCCAUGACAUCUUGGACAGGGGCCUGAGACCUGGACGUCACCUGCAGGACGACGAUUUUGUGCCUGAACUGGCUAACAUCCAUCCCAGAGAGAGACCUGACUGGGAGGAGACAAUCAGUGCCAUGGCGAGGAGCGCAGAGAUCCCUGAGCUGAGGACGGAUCCCCUCAUGCGCUCCUGCAGCAGCAGCACGGCCAGCAUGAAGGUCAAGAAUGUCAAGAAACUUUGUUUCACCAAGGGCCACUUCCCCAAACUGGCAGAGUGCGCUCACUUCCACUAUGAAAAUGUAGACUUCGGCACAAUUCAGUUGUCCCUCGGGGAUGAACAGUGUGAAGUGACGCGGAACGGCUAUGAGUCGAAGGAGCUGGUGUACCUGGUCCAUAUCUUCUGCCAGGGUCGAAGUUGGAUUGUGAAGCGCAGCUAUGAAGACUUCCGUGUCCUGGAUAAGCACCUGCACCUCUGCAUCUACGACCGACGCUUCUCACAGCUGCCUGAGCUGCCCCGACUGGAGAGUCUGACUGACCAGUCAGAGUCAGUUUCCCAGAUGUUGUUGGCUUACCUCUCCCGGCUCUCGGCAAUUGCUGACAACAAGAUCAACUGUGGGCCCGCCCUCACAUGGAUGGAGGUUGACAAUAAGGGAAAUCAUCUGCUGGUUCAUGAAGAGUCGUCCAUCAACGUGCCGGCUAUUGCUGCUGCUCACGUCAUCAAGCGCUACAUCGCCCAGGCCUCAGACGAGCUGUCAUUCGAGGUUGGGGACAUUGUGUCAGUGAUUGACAUGCCCCCUAAAGAAGACACCACAUGGUGGAGGGGCAAGCAUGGCUUUCAGGUUGGCUUCUUUCCCAGCGAGUGUGUGGAGCUCAUAAAUGAUAAAGUGCCGCAGUCCAUGACCAACACUGUGCCAAAACCAGCCUCCCCCUGCUCUGGCCUGCAGCCUGCUUCUUGGAGUCUCUUCCCUCCCUACUUGGAGAUGGAGAGUGUAAUUCAGGACAAUGCAUGGGUGGCCGACCCGCUAAACCACUACAGCCUAAGUUCAGUGUCUAAGAAGCACGGGAAGCUGAUCACCUUCUUACGCACCUUCAUGAAGUCCAGGCCCACCAAGCAGAAGCUGAAGCAGAGAGGCAUCCUCCGGGAGAGGGUGUUCGGCUGCGACCUGGGCGAACACCUCCUCAACUCAGGACAUGAUGUGCCCCAGGUCCUCAAGAGCUGCACCGAGUUCCUCGAGAAGCACGGUGUGGUGGAUGGCAUCUACCGCCUUUCUGGAAUUGCCUCAAAUAUCCAGAAAUUACGGCAUGAGUUUGACUCUGAGCAGAUCCCCGACCUGACCAAAGAUGUGUACAUCCAGGACAUCCACUGUGUGGGCUCGCUGUGUAAGCUCUACUUCAGAGAGCUGCCAAACCCCCUGCUCACCUACCAGCUCUACGAGAAAUUCUCUGAUGCUGUAUCAGCAGCAACAGACGAGGAACGACUCAUCAAAAUCCAUGAUGUCAUACAGCAGCUUCCUCCACCGCAUUACAGGACCCUGGAGUUCCUGAUGAGACACCUGUCCCACCUGGCAGCCUACAGCUACAUCACCAACAUGCACAGCAAGAACCUGGCUAUCGUCUGGGCCCCCAACCUUCUGAGGUCAAAGCAGAUUGAAUCUGCGUGCUUCAGCGGCACAGCAGCCUUCAUGGAGGUCCGGAUCCAGUCAGUGGUGGUGGAGUUCAUCCUGAACCACGUGGAUGUUCUAUUCAGCUCCAAACUCAGCUCUCUGAUACGAGAGGGAGCAGGUCACAACUCGUUGUCGCGGCCUAAGUCCCUGCUGGUUUCGUCUCCCUCUACCAAACUCCUGACUCUGGAGGAGGCCCAGGCCAGGACCCAGGCUCAGAUCAACUCUCCGGUCACCGAGGACAGCAAGUACAUCGAGGUGGGCGAGGGUCCGGCUGCUCUGCAGGGGAAGUUCCACACUGUCAUUGAGUUCCCCACUGAGAGGAAGAGGCCUCCUAUUAAAUCAAAGAAGUCUCCUGUAGGUAGUUGGCGCUCUUUCUUCAACCUGGGCAAGUCUUCCUCCAUGUCCAAGCGCAAGCUGCACCGCAACCCCAGUGAGCCCAAUGAACUGAAGGCCAUGGCCCUGGCCGGAGGCAGAGGAGACUCAGCAACAUUAAGAUCAGCCAAGAGUGAAGAGUCACUGAGUUCCCUGCACAAUGUUGAAGGAGAGUCGAAGGUGUACCGUCCUCGGAGGCCGCGCUCCAGCAGUGACGCUCUGUCAGCCUCCUUUAACGGUGAGCUGCUGGACAGCCGGCAGCACUGCAACUCCUACGACAACCUGGACGCCACAGAGGACAGCGACGGAGACGACGGGCCCAUCUGUGUGCCUGCCCUCAUCUCUCCCCCCCGCUCAGCAGGUGAAGACGUGGACCUCAGCCCGCCAGACAUCGGCAUGGCCUCCUUGGACUUUGACCCCAUGUCUUUCCAGUGCAGUCUCCCCGACACCUCUUACGCCUUCCCUUUAAAUGACUCACCCAAGGGGGCUGAGGGUUCCACGUUAAGGAGGAACCAUGGAAGCGCCUGUGGAAAAACCAAUGGCUCUGACCUCAUCGCUGCCACAUUACUGAGCAGCCUGAUGUCCACAGACUUCAGCCUGACCGCUGGACACAAGGUGGAAAGCAACAAACUGACCACUUCCUAUUCUUACACUGACAAACCCACACAGGUCGUGUCACCUAUUAAAUGUGGAAAGACCACUAGUUUAACGCCUUUUCCCACUUACGAGCUUUUCUCUACUGAGGUGCCUGACAGGAAUACGGCUGUACAACCUUCAUCCCCUUCUUCAGCAGCGGAGGAAUCUCCUCCCCUGAUGGGCAGUGUCCUGCUGAGGGCAGCAGAGCCGUCUCUCAGUGAAGCUUUUCAAAAGGAGCUGCACUCUAAGCUGGAAGCCUUUGACAGUGUGGACAAUGGAGAGCUGAAGGGAGAGGACAGCCUGCCGCGGGCGCCAGCUGCCAGCAGCCACGAGCACCAAGGAGUCGUAGCUCAGGACUCUGCGAAGGACCUCACCCCUCGUUCCUUCAGCUCUGCAGCUCCCUCUACUGCCCCUCCUCCUCCCCCUCCUAAAAACGCUGCCCGCAUGUUGGCCCUGGCCUUGGCAGAGUCUGCCCAGCAGGUCUCCAUUCAGUCUCAGUCCCGACACUCUGAGCCUUCCACACCGGUGUCCCCCCCGCAGCCACAGGAAACCUCUAACCUCCAGGACACGCCGCAUUCACUGGUCACACAUUACCUGACUUCGUCCUCCGAGGGAGCAGGGAGAGGAAGUUCCCUGCCACUAAACAUAACUGCCCCCCGUGUCACCACGGCCUCAUCGUAUGCCCCCACCUCCAGUCCUACAACCACACAGCAGCCUCUAGAGUUAGACAGCAUCACUACCAAGCCUUCAGACAGCACCAAAUCCCUUACAGCUCCACCUGCAACACAGCCUGGAGCAGACUCAACGCCACCGGACACUCCUUUAUACAAGUGCGCCCCCCUCCCCGGUUCAUCCAGCAGCACUUCUCCAAGCAGGAAAAGUCCAGAAAGGCAGCAGCCUGUCCCAGUACAGGUCCCAGUACAGAAUGCAGUACAGAUCCCAGCUCAGGUCCCAGUGCAGGUCCCAGUGCAGGUCCCAGUACAGGUCCCAGUGCAGGUCCCAGUACAGGUCCCAGUGCAGGUCCCAGUGCAGGUCCCAGUGCAGGUCCCAGUACAGGUCCCUGUCCGUAGCAACUCACCCACUACCACUCCAGCCCCCUCCCCCAGUGACUGCUACAAAGUUAUUGGAGUCUUACCACAUCCUGUUCCUAAGGUCAAACCAGAGGAGACUGCAUCACCCCCAAUCCUUUCAAAACCAUCAGAGCAGCCCCCUCCUAUAGCUCAAAAGCCUAAGAGGAAGGCUGUCUCCAUCCCCCCGCAUCAAACGCAACCUCAGCAGCAGAGCCAAGCUCAGAUACAGCCUCAUCUUCCAAUACAGCCACACAUGCAAUCACAGGUCCAAACCCAACCACACCCCCCCUCGAAGGCCAGCGCACGAGUGGCCCCCACCUCUGUGGAGCCUAUUGAGAAGCCUUGGGAAGCCAUAAAGCCAGUGCAGCCCCAUACAGAGUCUGCUAAGUACAACGACGCGUACGGAGCCACACCUCCGGCCCCUCCAGUCCGCACCAUCGAGAGCAAACUGGCCACAGCAGCACUUAGCCAAAGUGAAGCCUCCUACCAUUGCCUGGGGGAGGGCCCUGUGCCGGGGCAUCUGGAAGAAGGUCUGCCUCACCACCCUCCCUCACCUCGGAAAUCUUCCACGCAUCAGCCGACCUAUCUGUACCACACUAAAGGAGAACCUGUCUUAAUUGAGCCCACAGCAACUGCAUACUACCACCAGAGGCCUCUUCCCAAGGGCCCACAGUCCAAACAACGCCACAUGCGACCAGACAGCGUCCCCCCGCACCUCUCCUACGUGUCCAAGUCGGAGCCUCAGAUACCUUACAACGCCCGACUAGACAACAGAUACAGCACUUUAGGCCCCAGGUCCUACCACCACUCCAUGAAGUCCAGAGGAAACCCCCGCAGUGUGUACGUGUCCCCGGGGCCGGGGCAUCAGGGUUACAGCCACGACAGACCCCAAGGCUAUCCCACCAUCCGCAGAGUGCACUCCCUCCACGUUCCCUCCACUAUUCGCACCGUGCCUAUCCACAGGACUGAAGUUCCUCCAGAUGAUGAUAUUUUCUUCUACCAUCGACCCAUGUAUCCGUGCAAAGCCUACCAGCAGCCCCAGCAGUCCUCCUCUCAAUCAGACUACCACGUAACCCAGCUGCAGCCUUACUUUGAGAAUGGCCGGGUUCAGUACCGCUACAGUCCGUACUCUGGUUCAAGCCCUUUGGAGGCGCCUUUCUAUGACAUCGAUCCUUACGGCACCAUCAGAGUCCGGCACUUGCCCUCCAAUGGGGGCCGAGAUCCUGGAGCCGCUGCUGGCCGACCGGGUGGAAAGGCGACUGGGUACCACUUCCUCGCUCGCCAUGUUCUCCCACCUGGGAUGGAGCACAGCUUUGUGAGCAGGGACAUGCCCCCCAGUCAUGGGAACAAGGAAGGUGCCACUUACCUGGCUUGCGACCCGGAGGAGUCAGAGAGGCUCCGCAUGCACUCAAUCCGCAGGGAGAGCAGGGCCAGACAGAAGAUCAGAGGCCCUGUCCUCUCUCAGUACGACAAUGUUGGCUUGUUUGCACCGGCAGAUAUAUCAGGCUAUGAAACGUUGCACCUGCGCAGUAAAUCUGACCCCGGCAAAGCUGUGCUGGUUGCAGCUGAGAGCAAAGAUGGCCGCUACCUCCCGAGACACUUGGUGUCUGACCCGGAAGUCCUCAUGUACAUGGAGACUGAUAAACACUUCCAGGGCAGCGCUGUGGGAGAGAAGUCAGAUGGACUCCCCAAGCAAAGCGGUACCAAGAAAUGCCAAUCCUCUCACUCCCUUCCGGCGACUCUGAGCCACAGCCUGUCCCCUCAGGAAGGCGGCCGGCACGAGGCCGGAGACGAGCCGCUAGGUGGAGACAGCAGCAGGCCCAAACUCCGGCAGCAGGAGUAUCAAAGCCAGAGGAACAUCCAACCACGUUACGAAUGUCCUGAUUCUGAACACAACCAGAGAAAGGUGAAAACAUCCAGCAGCUACCACGGUACAGAGGAGCAGCAGUCGGCCCCCUGGGAACAACUCAGCCACUCCAACCUGGAGCGGUCACACAGCGUCCGGGAGCAGGGCCACCCUGACCUGGACAGGGACUACUCAUAUCAGAAUCACGGCACUAAACCGGUGCACUCCCACUAUGAUAACUUGGACGAUUACCACCCGGUACCUCAGCCUCAGGCCCCGGUUCAAACCCGCGGGGGCUCCUUUCCCACCCCAGGGUUCACAGUGAGCCACGGCAACACAGCAUACUCCACAGCACUGGGCCAGGGAGCCUUCAUCCAGGCCGAGCUGGCCCUGCAGAGGCAAGAGAUAGAGAUACUUACAGAAUAAAGCAUUUAAGGGGGGGGGGGGGGACACAGCUAAAGAACAAAUAUCUUUAGCUGUGUAGAAGAAAGACUAUUGAGCUAUGGUUGCAGCCUCUGCAGGACAGCGGCCUGUCGUAUCACCAAUAUUUUUGCUCCUCUGUAUUUUUAAAGAAUUGUAAGACUUUUUAAAGAGAGUCCUGAAUGUACCGGAAGCUAAUGUACAAGAGGUCCUAUUGUUGUGAUUGAUUGAGACAGUAGCCGGUCAUAAAUGUAUAUGAUAUGAACGAUGUGAGGUACUUUGAACAGCAACACAAAAAUGUGAAAUAUAUACACAAUAUAUAUAUAUAUUAGGAUAACUAGAAAAAAGAGACUUUUGUUUUUUAGGUGUGGCGCUGGGUAUGAGCACAGAGUGGGGAUUAAGGGCAUGCAUUUCAGAAAUGCAUGCACUCUAUCUCUCUCUAAAUUCUGUGUACUUCACUAUCCCCUGCAUUCUUUGUGUGUUACAGCAGGGGGGGACAUGUAGGUUAUCGUCGUCAUCCCCCCCUUGCUGACAUGCACACAAGUCAUUGAACGAGUCCCUGUUUGCCUCGGAGAAUCAGACGUUAAAAAAUGUGAUGUGAAGGAGCCACAAUGGGUUACUUUGAGUUAAUACAGAGGUUAUCAAUGUCUUAUUUUCUGUGUGACUGUGCCAUUUUUUAUGUAACUUUGCUAUAAACAGAUUUCAAUGAC